UUCCGCGGAAAAGCCGCGAAAACUACGUCACGAGUGACGGAUUCGGUCGAAACUGGGACAAAGUGCAGUGCACUCUGGCAUUGCGCUUUACCACCAGGUGUUUCUAUGCCGUAAUCUUCCCAGGAUUGGGUAACACUCGUACCGUUGCACCUUGCUCUCUCUCGGACACCCUUCUCGGAGUCGCGUAUUCACGCGCGAGCUCUCUCUCUCCCUCUCUGUCUCUCUCUCUCUCUCUUUCGCGCGGAGUAUCUCGCAAAAAUCCGCACGGUUGACAGCGCCUGACAGAGAGAUAUACGGGUAUCGGAGCCGCCGGAGAGAGAGCUGACAGGUAAAGUGGCAUCGAGCGCGCGACGGCGCGAGAUGCGAGCAGACGCGAGCUCGCGCGUAACGUCACGGUGAUCGACGGUGUUAAAUGGUUAGAUGACGGACUCAAGAUAGUCCUUCCGCCUGGUAACAUGUCAGAUGGGGUUGAUGGUGGUGGUGGGGAAAACGAGGUAGACUCCCAUUCCUCUUCGCAAGCCGAAGCUGGGGACUCUUCUAAUCACAGGGAAGAAGAGACAUUGGAUCCUGAUAACGAAGCAGCUCUCAAUACAAAUUAUGACAGUAGCGAUGGAGCUGUUCCUGCGUUUAGAUGUGAUAGAUGUGACAAUUAUGAGACUAUAAAUAAAACGGCUUUCUCCGCUCACCAAGAUCAAUGCCUGGCGAGUGGUGAAGCUGGAGAAAGCGCUGAAGGCAUAGAAGGAACAGAAAAUGAUGGGGAUGCGGAAGAGGGCCAUUCGGGAAUCAGGUCUCACAGAAAGAUGUUUGAAUGUGAUGUCUGUAAUAUGAAAUUUUCAAAUGGAGCUAAUAUGAGAAGACACAAAAUGAGGCAUACAGGCGUAAAACCAUACGAAUGUCGAGUAUGUCAGAAGAGAUUCUUUCGGAAGGACCAUCUUGCGGAACACUUUACGACACAUUCAAAAACUUUGCCAUACCAUUGCCCGAUAUGUAACCGAGGUUUCCAAAGACAAAUUGCGAUGCGUGCUCACUUUCAGAAUGAACACGUCGGUCAGCACGAUAUGGUUAAAUCGUGUCCUCUCUGCAAUUAUCGUGCAGCUACCAUGAAAUGUCUUAGGUUGCACUUCUUUAAUAGACAUGGAAUAGAUUUAGAUAAUCCAGGACCAAAUAGCUCUACAUCCAUAAUGAAUAGUUGCACAUCCGGGGAGGCGAUGCCUUCGGCACCUUUGUCUGAUAGCGGAGAUAGUACUGGCAACCGUUCGACCGACAACGCCACGCCCCCCAUGCAUUUCCUCACGCCCCACGUGGAGAUAUCCAUUCCUUACCCUGAACAAGCUGCCAAUCAACGAAAUCCAAGUCCUGCCCCGUUGAACGGAGACAGUCCCAAUAGUCCUCAGAGCGCCGACAGCAAUAGCAAUGCACCAAGCAGUAGUCAUCAUCAAUUAUCUAUCAAUAGCAGUACCAUUCAUAGAUCGGAUUUUCACAUUUUUCUCAGGAACGUAGGCGGAGGCGAUGAAGCUAUUACACCUUCGAUUUCCUUAAUACCCAUCAAGCAAGAGCCAAACAGCAAUGGUAUGGAUGAUAGUGGAGCGACAUCGAGCAAUCUACCGUUACCAUCGCUGAUCAAGGUGUCGCCGUUAAAAUCGUUGCUGCGCGAUGAUCUUCGCCGUAAGCUUUCCACCAGUACCACUAAUAACAACAAUAACAGUAGUAACAACAGCGGUUGCGGUGGCGGCGUUAAUUCUAAUCCACACUCGAGGGGCGAGCCACCCACUUCGACCAGGCCGGAUCCUCGUACGAGCGGCCUCCAGUGCACUCACUGUCGCAUUACGUUUCCGGAUCAGACGUUGUACUUCCUUCAUAAAGGUUGUCACAGCGAAAGUAACCCAUGGAAGUGCAAUAUUUGCGGGGAGCAGUGCUGCAAUCUGUACCAGUUCAACUCGCAUUUACUGAGUAAGAGUCAUCAGUAACUGAGAGAAGAAAGCAGAAAAAUACCCGCAGUUAAGAAAUUCGUUUUUCCUUUUCCUAUUUCUUCUACUUCUUUUCUUUUCCUUCUUCGUUAAACGAAACAAAAUGGCAGGAGAUUCGGUAUGUAUGUAUGUCUAACAUACGUUCAGUGUUCAUUAGCAUGAAGGUAUAAAUAUUUUCUGCGACGUAUCCAGACAUACUUCUCGCUAAAAUAUACUUUUAGAAACGCAUAAGAAUGCGCCGAAACAUAACGGUAAAUCAGUUGUAAAUUGAAUUGUAAAUUAUUUUUAAGAAUUCGAGAGAGGAUAUGUCUGUUCCCUCAGAAAAUAAUGUACAAAGCGCGACAAAUUGUGCCUUUCCUUUAAAAAGAGAAAAAGGGAGAGAAAAUUGUGAGAAAAAAGAAAUUGCCAACAUACUCGUCCAUCAUGCUGUUAUAUUGUAUGAACUAUCCGUCCAUAGGGCUUUAUCGAGAUAUAUUCCGAGCUCUAUCAUUAGUCUUAAAUUAGUAAAGUAAAUAUAGAAAUGCGACGGGGUACGUUGCGAAUUGCCCUGUCAAUUGUGAAAAGUAAAAAAAUAUAUAUAUAUAUAUAUAGCUAUGUUGUGCUUUUAUCGCAAAAAAAGCGACAUUAAAAUUUCAUGUAUU